AUGGCACGAAGACAGAAAAAAGAGCAGUCCCCUGAGGAAUCUGCGGAAGAUGACUUUGUAAACAACAAUGAGAGCGAAGGCGAGAACGACAUGGACGAAGAAGAUGGCCCGCCUAGCAUCGACCCGUAUGAGGUUCUUGGACUCGAGACAGAAGCCACUGCCGACGAUGUGAAGAAGGCAUAUCGCAAGAUGGCGCUCAAAUGCCAUCCAGACAAGGCUGCACCCGACGAGAAGGAAGCCGCCAACAAGGCCUUCCAAGAGAUCGCAUUCGCCUACGCCGUACUCUCCGACGAUCGCCGACGCAGGCGCUACGACCUUACUGGCAGCACAGCCGAGACAAUGGAGGACGACGAUGACUUCAACUGGCUGAAGUUCUACCGCGAGCAGUUUGAGAACGUCGUCAAUGAGGAGGCUAUCAACAACGUUGCGAACGAAUACAAAGGCAGCGAGGAGGAGCGUCGCGAUCUGGUCAAGGCGUUCAAGAAGGUCAAGGGUAACCUGAAUAAGGUGUAUGACCUAGUCAUGCUAUCCGACAUUCUCGAGGACGACGAUCGCUUCAGGAAGAUCCUAGACGAGGAAAUCGAGAACGGCACAGUCACCUCAUACCCCGCGUACGAAGCCGAGACAGACGAGACGCGUCAAAAAGCCAAGGACGCCGAAAAGAAGAGACGUGAAGACUUCGACAAGAAGCAGGCCCAGAAAGAAGAGUCGGGAGCCACGAAUGGCAAGGCCAAAGCCAAGGCAAAGCCGAAAGGCAAGAAGGGCGGCACAGACGACAUGGCAGGCCUAGCAGCUCUAAUACAACAACGCCAGAAGUCACGAGCGGGCAACUUCUUCGAUUCGCUGGAGGCGAAGUAUGCGCCCAAGUCACGAGGCUCAAAGCGUUCGACGCCCAUGGAGGAGCCAUCAGAAGAGGCCUUUGAGGCCAAUCGCAAGAAGCAGAAGAAGAAUAGUGGUUCAAAAAAGAAGGCUAAAGAAGAGAGUGAGGAUGAGGAGAUGGAUCUCGACGAGGAGGAUAUUGGUGACUCUGAGGAGGAGGAAGAAGAGGCACCUGCGCCAAAGAAGUCAAAGGCAAAGCCUAAAGCACGCGCGACACGGGCACGUGGGCGAGCUUAG